GGAGUCAGUUAAGACUUGGGGUGCCAUCAGCCCCACCCCCCAAGAAACAGGCUGGCAGCUUGUCCUUGCUGCCCACCGAGAGCCAGACUUUCUCAUCUGGGAGGGCCAAGCACACACUUUCAAGGGCAAACUACCCUUCCAGUUCUAUGCAUGCCAGCCGGGAAGUUCUUCCUAUGGUCUAACCUUAACCCCUCCAGCUGCCUCAUCUACCACCCCAAGCCAGUCUUGGCAACCUGGAGGACCAGGGACACAUUUUGAGUAUUUCUGUUUUCUUUAUCCUAAUAUAUACGAAGCACCUACCCCCAUGCCAAGCACUGCUUAAGAACAUGACGUACGUUAACUCAUGUAACCCUCAUAUAUCCAGUCGUAUGAGGCAGAUGCUCUUUUCCCUAUCCUGAUGAGGAAACUGCCGUACAGAGAGGGUCUUCAAGCAGCUCAGCACGUAUGCGGGCAGCGUGGCCCCGGCCCCCCCGAGCCUCGGGAGGGCAUCACAGUACCUGGCGAGUGGCCGUGGCAAGCAAGCGUGAGGAGGCGGGGGGUCCACAUCUGCAGCGGGUCCCUGGUGGCGGACACCUGGGUCCUCACUGCUGCUCACUGCUUUGAAAAGGCAGCAAUGACGGAACUGAACUCCUGGUCAGUUGUCCUGGGUUCUCUGCAACGUGAGGGGCUGAGCCCGGGGGCCGAGGAGGUAGGGGUGACAGCUCUACAGCUGCCAAGGGCCUAUAAUCACUACAGCCAGGGCUCAGACCUGGCCCUGCUACGACUUGCCCACCCCAUGGCCCACACGCCCCUCUGCUUGCCCCAACCUACCCACCGCUUUCCUUUUGGGACGUCCUGCUGGGCCACUGGCUGGGCUCAGGACACCAGUGGCGGUAAGUGCUGGCCCAGACUGAAGCCCAGAGAGGCAUUAUGCUUGCCUGAGGUCACCCAGCCUCAGCUGCCAACGGUCCCUCUGCUGAAUCUCCCUCACUCCCCACCAACCCCCUUUCUUUUACCAGCUCCCAGGGCUCUGCGGAAUCUGCGCCUGCGUCUCAUCAGCCGUCCCACGUGUAACUGUCUCUACAACCGGCUGCACCAGCGGCUGCUGGGCAACCCCGCUCAGCCUGGGAUGCUGUGUGGGGGUGCCCAGCCUGGGGUGCAGGGGCCCUGUCAGGGAGAUUCGGGGGGCCCCGUGCUGUGCCGUGAGCCUGACGGACACUGGGUUCAGGCUGGGAUCAUCAGCUUUGCAUCAAGCUGUGCCCAAGAAGAUACUCCUGUGCUGCUGACCAGCGCGGCUGCUCACAGUUCCUGGCUGCAGGCUCGCGCUCAGGGGGCGGCCUUCCUGACCCAGAACCCAGAGACCCCAGAGAUCAGUGACGAGGACAGCUGUGUAGCCUGUGGAUCCUUGAGGGGAGAAGGCCCCCGGGCAGGAGCCCCCUCCCCGUGGCCCUGGGAUGCCAGGCUGAAGCACCAGGGGAAGCUGGCCUGUGGCGGAGCCCUGGUGUCAGAGGAGGUCGUACUGACUGCUGCCCACUGCUUCAUCGGGCGCCAGACCCCAGAGGAGUGGAGCAUCGGGCUGGGGGCCGGACCAGAGGAGCGGGGCCUGAAGCAACUCAUCCUGCAUGGGGCUUACACCCACCCUGAAGGGGGCUACGAUGUGGCCCUCCUGUUGCUGGCCCAGCCCGUGACACUAGGCCCCAGCCUUCGGCCACUCUGCCUGCCCUAUUCUGACCACCAUCUGCCUGAUGGGGAACGUGGCUGGGUCCUGGGGCUGCCCCACCAAGGAGCAGGCGCCGGCGCCCCUCAGACAGUGCCCGUGACCCUCUUGGGACCCAGGGCCUGCAGCCGGCUGCAUGCAGCUCUUGGGAGCGACAGCAUCCCCAUUCUGCCAGGGAUGGUGUGUACCAGUGUUGUGGGUGAGCCACCCCACUGCGAGGGCCUGUCUGGGGCACCACUGGUGCACGAGGUGAGGGGCACAUGGUUCCUGGCUGGGCUACAGAGCUUUGGAGAUGCCUGCCAAGGCCCCGCAAGGCCUGCAGUCUUCGUGGCACUUCCUGCCUAUGAGAGCUGGGUCAGCAGUCUGGACUGGCAGGUCUAUUUUGCUGAGGAGCCGGAGCCCGAGGCCGAGACUGGAAGGUGCUCCGCCAACACGAGCAAACCAGCUGGCUGUUGACAGGUGGCUCUGGGAUGCUGCAGACACAGUGAGACAAUUCCUGCGUCACCGCCCCUAUCCCUCUCCCAUUCCCCCCACCCACACAUGAUUCCAGGCGCUGGGGCAGGUCCAACAGCCCAG